UCUAAUGUCCACCUUCACACUCCCAUGUACUUUUUCAUUAGCCAGUUGUCUCUCAUGGAUGUGAUGUACAUUUCUGUCACUGUUCCCAAGAUGCUCAUGGACCAGGUCAGGGGUGUCAAAAAUAUCUCAGUUCCUGAAUGUGGGAUACAGAUGUUCCUCUACUUGACACUAGGAGGAUCUGAAUUUUUCCUUCUAGCUGCCAUGGCCUAUGACCGGUACAUGGCUAUCUGCCAUCCACUCCGCUACCCUGUUCUCAUGAACCAUAGGAUAUGUUUCAUCCUGGCAUCUGGCUGUUGGUUCUUGGGCUCAGUGGAUGGUUUCAUGCUCACUCCGAUCACAAUGACCUUUCCUAUUUGCGGAUCCAGAGAAAUCCAUCACUUCUUCUGUGAGGUACCUGCUAUAAUGAAGCUCUCCUGCUCUGACACCUCACUCAUUGAGACACUUAUGUACCUGUGCUGUGUCCUCAUGAUCCUCAUUCCUGUGACAGUUAUUUCAAGCUCCUAUUCUUUUAUUCUUCUCACCAUCCACAGGAUGAACUCUACAGAGGGCAGGAAGAAGGCCUUCGCCACCUGUUCCUCCCAUAUGACUGUGGUCAUCCUAUUCUAUGGAGCUGCCAUCUACACUUAUAUGAUACCCAGCUCCUACCACACCCCAGAAAAGGACAUGGUAGUAUCUUUCUUUUACACUAUCCUUACUCCUGUGCUAAACCCUUUAAUCUAUAGUUUUAGGAAUAAGGAUGUCACAGGGGCUCUGAAGAAAACGUUGAGUGUAGGAUCUGUCUUCCAAGAAACUGUGAAAUAA